UUUUUUGUUUUGUUUGGUUAUGUUGUGUUUUGUCUUGUGUACUCGUUCUGUACUUGGCCAAAAAGUUGGAUUUUGUACUAGACGUGACUAACACAACACAACUUUUCUAGCUACGUACGUCUUUGUUCCUGUGUGAGAUUGUGCCUACGUUUUUCCACUUUCAUCAAUGAAUAGAGUGUUAAUAAUUGUCAAAAUUACUUUCUUUUACCGAGUUUGGUAGGAUUGAUUAUAAGGUAAUAAGAGUGUAUAAAGUAGCCCAGAAUGUCAACAACUCCGGAAGCAGCUCAAGCGCAAGUGAGCUCCCUUCCACUACCACCAGUUCAAUAUAUAAAUGUCUACACCGAUGAGAAUGUCAAACGAGGUAGAGCGCCGAAACCUCCACCACCGGUGCAUGAUUCCUAUAAAAUGUUUGGCAACACGUACAGCACUGAUGAUGCAAUCAUCCGUCCCCUGGAAACUCAGGGAUUCAAGCGCCUGUACCCCCAGCACUACGACAGGAAGAGGGAGCUGCGCAAGCUGAACCACUCGCUGUUUGUCAACUUCCUCGACUUGUUAGACCUGCUGGUACGUUGUCCCGACUCUACCCACCGCACGGCCAAGGUAGAGGACCUCAGCCUACUGUUCAUUCACAUCCAUCACCUGCUCAACGAGUUCCGUCCACAUCAGGCACGCGAGACACUACGUGUCAUGUUGGAGCUGCAGAGGCGACAGCGCGUAGAGACAGCCCAGCGCUUCCAGAAACAUCUGGAAAAGGUACGGGAGAUCCUGCACCAAGCUAUGAUGAGUCUGCCUGACAUGUCCGACCUAGACUCAAAGCUGACAGUUCCGGUAGAGAUAUUCCAGGCCCACGACACCACCAACAAGGACGAAACCGACAGCGAAGGUUGUGACCCUCUCGACAGACUCAUGUGUGAAAUUGUCGACCAAUUGUAAAGCCCGAGUCAAUUCCCCUGUAUAAUAUUGUUCAUUUUGUAUUCAUAAACGGUUUUUAUAUUAAAGAAUUUGUGUAUGUGUAUAUUUUUGUCCCUUUAUGUUAGAGUGGUCAAGAAAUUUGUUGUUGAAAUUAUAUGUAGUAGGAGACAGUA